UCAAACCUGAGACCUGCUCGCUGUGAGACACCUGCAGCACAAACACGUCGAACUGGUUACAUAACCCAUGAUGCAGUGCGCUUCUUUCGCUCUCGUUCCUGCCGUUGUGGGGCGCGUGUCCGCGGAUCCUUCAUGUGGAUUUUAGCGGAACUUGACGGACAGGAGCCGAGCAGCUCAGCUCGACCUGCUGCACGACUCUCCGCUGUUUGUGCGCACAUUCAGGACCGGAGCACCUGCUGGCUUUUACAGUCUGUCUGCACUGCGUCGAACCCCCCCUCCUCCUCUUCCUCACUCCCCUCCCUCCCUCUGUCGCUCACUUAUUUUCUCCCUCUCCCUCUCUCUGUCUUUCUCCUCAUGAAAUCCUGCAAUAUGCUUCCAAAUUCCCGGACGCGGACUCUCUCCUGAGCCGGUUUUCCUUCAAAGCCUCGGAUUUUUUUUAACCGUUUUUACCGCAGAGAAAAUCACGAGAGUCUCUGAGUGCGGAUGCUGCUGCAGUGCCAAGUCCUCCCAGUCCUCCCCUUCAGACUGAGAGCCAGCUCUUCUUGGGAGUUCUAUCUUUUUUCCAGCAUGAUUUUAAGAAAUUGUCAGUCAGGAUUUUUGCUGUCUGAAGCCUACUCCUUCUCUUCUUUCUCCUCCUCCUCCUCUCUCUGCGGGCUUCUCCGAUCGACGCUGAAAAUCUACACCAAGAGGAUACGGAUGUUGACCAAGACAACAUAGUCUAUUAAUAUUUCAGAGCUACUGUAAAGCGAUAUUAAACCCCAGGUUGUGGCGGGUGGCUGGGGAAGGUGCACAGGAUCUCCAUCUGCUGCUCUCCAGCUCUGCUCAGGUGAGAAAAAAGAGAUGUGAUGGCGAUAGUGCUGAGGAUGAUGAUGAUAAUGGAGAGGGAGGUUCUCCACAGCUCCUGGCCGCAGUAGGAGCUUCUCCACUCCAGCCUACCGCCUCCUUCUCUCCUCUACACCUAAACUUCCUCUUUCUCUCCUCCACCCGCCAGGAAGGAUGACUGUGGUGUCCACAGAAAACAUGGACGAGACUUCCACCCUGCCGGGUCACCCGCAGGACCCCUACCCGCCUGAUGAUGACCACGACAACCAUGACUGCUGUGAGCGGGUGGUUAUCAACAUCUCAGGGCUGCGCUUCGAGACCCAGCUGAAGACCCUCGCCCAGUUCCCGGAAACCCUACUGGGGAACCCUAAGAAGAGGAUGCGCUACUUUGACCCCCUUCGAAACGAGUACUUCUUCGACCGGAAUCGCCCGAGUUUUGACGCCAUCUUGUACUAUUACCAGUCAGGAGGACGGCUGAGGAGGCCGGUCAACGUGCCGCUGGAUAUGUUCUCAGAGGAGAUAAAGUUUUAUGAACUCGGUGCUGAGGCAAUGGAGAAGUUUCGGGAGGAUGAGGGGUUUAUUCGGGAGGAAGAGCGACCUUUGCCUGAGAACGAGUUCCAGCGGCAGAUCUGGCUCCUCUUCGAGCACCCAGAGAGCUCGGGGCCAGCUCGGGGUAUCGCCAUUGUCUCGGUGAUGGUCAUUCUUAUUUCAAUAGUAAUUUUUUGCUUGGAGACAUUACCAGAGCUGAAGGAGGAUCCCAACGACCGGAUUCGCAUGGUCGGCAACACCACCAUGUACUACAAAGCAAGCGUCCUCACAGACCCUUUCUUUGUGGUGGAGACGCUCUGCAUCAUCUGGUUUUCCUUUGAGUUGAUAGUUCGGUUCUUUGCCUGCCCCAGCAAGGCAGCGUUCUUCAAAAACAUGAUGAACUCUAUCGAUAUUGUGGCUAUAAUCCCGUAUUUCAUCACUCUUGGCACAGAGCUGGCCGAUGACCAAGGCAACAGGGAGGGUAAGGGUGGUGGGGAGCAGGCCACAUCUUUGGCCAUUCUCAGGGUAAUCCGUCUGGUGAGGGUGUUCAGGAUCUUUAAAUUGUCCCGACACUCGAAGGGGCUCCAAAUUCUGGGGCAAACUCUAAAGGCCAGCAUGCGGGAGCUGGGCUUGCUCAUUUUCUUCCUCUUCAUUGGCGUGAUUUUGUUUUCCAGCGCUGUCUACUUUGCGGAGGCUGAGGAGAAGGACUCGUUCUUCUCCAGCAUCCCAGAUGCUUUUUGGUGGGCCGUGGUGUCGAUGACAACAGUCGGCUAUGGGGACAUGUACCCUGUGACCAUCGGAGGGAAGAUUGUUGGCUCGCUUUGCGCCAUAGCCGGAGUGUUAACCAUCGCGCUGCCGGUGCCAGUCAUCGUGUCCAACUUCAACUACUUUUACCACCGGGAGACGGAGGGUGAGGAGCAGGCCCAGCUGCUCAACGUCAGCAACCAGAACUUGGCGUCGGACACCAACUCGAGUCGCCGCAGCUCCUCAGUGGUCAGCAAGUCGGAGUACAUGGAGAUAGACGAGGACUUAAACAACAGCAUUGACAACUUCAGGGAAGCUAACCUUAGGACUGCCAACUGCACAGCUCCCAGCCAGAACUGUGUUAACAAGGGCAAGCUGCUCACUGACGUGUGAGGCGGCAUGCGACCACCGCUGUAAAUAUUGUAGAAAUAUCUGGAUGCUUUAUAUCCAUUGGUGCAUUUUAUUCUCAUCUUUGCAUUGAUUCAUUCAGACAUUUGUGGAGACUUGCAAUGCACAUGUGGUCAAAUUAUUAAAAAAAAAAAAAAGAGAAAAACAUUUGUUUGGCAAUAGUACAAAAAUCUGCAGGUUCGGGGAAACAUUUGAGAAAUUAUUGACAAAGUUUAGUAACUUGCACCCUUCGAUUUUCUAAUGGUCUAAACAUUAAAUGGAAGCUUCGCUAAUUUUACUUUUAGUCAAGGAUUUCCAUCGACUGUAUAUAAAAAUAUGGAUGAAAGGUAUAAAGAGUGAAGCUAGUGCUGAGGUGGCUUAAACCUGCAUUCCUUCUUCUGCAGCGGGUGACCUCUCUUUGAGAAGUCUAUGAGAAAAUGAGCCUACUGCUUACCUGACUUCUCAGUUCAGCAAUAUUUUCCUGAUGAGUUUAUGGUCUCAGUUGCUGGUUUCACGUCUUACUGAUUAAAACACUUUGGAAAUUACGGUCCUGUUCGAGUCAUAUGGGACGAUAAAAGAGGGGCGGAGCUAGAACAGAGCUUCCUCGUGACUAUCUGAGCGUGUCCCUCGGUUCCUCAUUCAUUUUAGAUCUCAUGCUCCAUGUUCAGAUUCCAAACUGGCUUCAAACGAGGCUUCACAAAACAAAGCAUGCCAUCGUCACACUGGCUACAUCCAUCUUUUAUAUACAGUCUCAGAAGUUAGUUUAAAUGUCUCAACUUGUCAGUUUAUCUACACUAAAUUUUGUGGUAAAAACUGGACCUGUGGAUUUUAAAGAUAUGAAAAGGCUGCAAAACAGAUACCCACAUUGCAUCCUGGGAAAUGCAGUGUUUUGUCCCAAACUAGAGAUGGAAAAGUAAGAGUAUUUCUUCUUCCUGUUUUAUAUCACUUUUAGCCAUUCUUCCAGCUCAGUGUAAAAAGAAAACACAUCCUUUUGGAAGGGAAACACUCACCUGAUGGAGUGCACCUUUAUCAGAGUUAUUAUGGUAAUAUCCUCUUAUAAUAAUUACAAUUUAAUUUAGGAUGAAUUAAAUGAAAAACUUUAGAGCAAAGCAAUACAACUUUUAUCUGUGCUGCACUGUUUGACAAAGAGAUAUUACGCCACAGAAAAAAUGGAUCAAAAGUAGGUUUAAAAGUAACAGAAAAGAUUCAGAAAGUAUCAAAAGCAAGCUAAGACAAUGACAUAUAUGCAAGGCAUAUAUUGUGAAUUUAAUAGUAGAAAUGACUAAUUGUACAAUAAUGAAUCAAAUGUCUUCCCGACACCUGCCAAGUUUUGUGCAACAGACCGAACUUUCAGGAAAAAAAAGGACCAGAAAAACAAAUAAUUAAAGCCCAACUGAGAUUCGAAGAACGAUUUCCUCCCUGAAGAAACGCUUUCUGCGUGGAUUAUUUCAGGUGUGUCUUUCUGCGGCACAUCCAGGGAAAGUUUGGAAAAUGCGACGCCGGAUGUAGACCCCGGCUUUUCAGGCACCUUAUCAGAGAUAAACAGGAAGCGUGCCGAGCCUUGUGAAGGAUUACGUGCAUCGCUGCUGCUGCUAUGGGUCGGCUGGAGGUUCCCUGUAUGAUGCCAUGCAACACUCCUUUAUAUAGAAGCAUGUGGAGACUCUCUUCUCUCUUAUAUCGGCAUGCACAAGACGUUACCUCAUUUUAUUUCUACAUUCUUCUGUGCGUCGAGCUCCAUCUCCCGCUCCUGGAUUUUUUCUCUCAUUUGUUUUCACCAAAAGUGCACUGGCUGCUUAUUCUUAUCAUUUCAGUUGUUUCAGAGCAUUUAAGUGUUGAAUGUUUAAGGGAACAGGAACUCUUCUUCUUUUGAAGAUUAUGGCAUGUCAAAAUACUAAAGCAUUAUGGCCUAAUUAGCUAUGGUAUAGCUACGUAUAUUCAAUGCAUGACGUCAGUAUUAAAUUGCUUGCAGUUGGGAGGGACCUGGGGAGGUGGAGGAUGAUGAUGAUGAUGUGUGCUCUCAUUAUUGUCGCGCUAAAGACAGAAUUUGGUGCAUGAUGGAGCUAAACUGUCGGAGGGAACAAAUCUCCUAAAAAAGAAGAAAAGAAAAACAAAUUAAGAAAAAAAAAUGAGAUAUAGCCGAUGAUCUCUAAAAAAAAGAUCUCAUAAAUUCCAUCCUCCGUUUUCAUUUGUUUAAAGCUUCGAUCUUGGAGUGCAUGGGAUCAUUUCAUGUGAUUUAUGACCCCAAGAAGGAAAGCAGUAAUAUUUAACAAAUUUCAUAGAUAUAUCUAUAAUUAGCGUCUUAGUGCCUUGAAGCCCUUCUCGUUCUAAAAUUGACUGAAGUGCCUCCCGUUCCAAGAGAAAAUCAAAGAGCUUACUGUGUGCAGCUUCUCCUGCCAUAAAGAUGCACUGCUCCCUGCACUUAUGGAACUAAACACAGAUGAACCCACAUGUUCAGAAUUUAGUCCUGAUUCCUGGGCCUAAAAAACACAAAGAAAAGCUUUCUGGGAUGAUGACACACAGCAUUCGUGCAGGAAUGUUCAAAUAUGGAUCAUUUAAGAUUUCCUUAUUUUUGGUACAUUUGGAGUUUGAUGGUAUGUAUACCACACAGACACUCAGCCCUUCCAGAUAUUACCCAUUAGAAAAGUAACAUGGAGGUGAUGUGUUGGAUGUUCAGAUGGAGUGACUGUUGAAGGACAGGAGCUGCUCAGCUGGUUCAAUUAGAACAGGACAGAAAGGUCAAACAGCUCGAUAUAAUAGAAAGUCAUGAAGGAAAUGGUCAGAAACGAAGGCUGAGAGUUUGAGGAUGGUGACCCUCAUGCUGGUGCAGUACAUCUGUGCAUAGGUGUAUAAAGAGGGAUAUUAUAGAGUGACUGCCAUGUGUAAAGUCCUUCUUACAAUAGAUAUGAGGAAAGAGGCAAUCGGUGAUCGGGUGAUGAGGUGUGAUGAGCAGAGAAAGAGCAGUGAAGAGCUAAACCCUGCGGUGAGGGUGCCUCUGUCAUAGUGUCGUAGUUCGCAUGUUGUCUGAAGGUUCCUACAGACUGUGAUCUGAUCUGUGCCCAUAUCUGUAGUCAGAGCACAUAAGCUUCAGGUUUAAAUUAGUAGUCUGGACUCUGCUGCUGAAGGCUGGAUAGGCUUUGGUUGGAUGUAGGUACCCUCCUCUGUGCACAGCAAAGAGGGAUUAUAACAGCACCGUCAUCCCCCAUCAUCCAAACACUGAGGUGGUGUUUAACCCCCCACUCGAGCUCCGAGCCUUCGAGAAUAAAAGCCGAGCACCACUAAAGUUCUUCCUGCUGCCUUAACCUUUAAAUGACUUAACAUCAGUUCUUCCUUUAAUUAUUCACAUGAAUGCUAAAAGAAGGCACUUCAAUCAGCUGCUAAGGGAGCAAAAUACCUAUUCAGACACAUGAAACUAAUGAAAUUAGUUUCUUAUUUAUACCAGCUAACUGCACAGAACUGUAUACACUGAUUAAGGUAACAAACAUUUUUAAAUAGCCACAGAAACAACACAGAAAAAUACAUUUAAAAUAGCAUGUGAUCAAUAACUGGUGCUAAUUAUGGCUCAUUAUUCUCACUUUUUUUUAAAGAACUAAAAUUAAUUUGGAGGAAAAGUCAAAAAAGUGACAGCUCAAAGACCACUUUGUUAGGUACACCUUUGAAAUCUAGAGUCAUACAUUUCCUGCCUUUACAAAAACCGCCAUGUAAAACAGGUGAUGAUUUCUGUUUAUUACAAAGCUCUUUCUCAAUUAUGUCACAUUUUUUAGAUUUUACAGGUGUACCUGGAUUUUAGCGCAAAAUGCAGAUUUUGUGGUUUCACCAAAAAAAGUACCUCACUUUCAGAGAAAUUUCUUAAAAAUCUACCAAUUAUUGGCAAUCUGUGAAUACAAACAUGGCGUGGGCGUCCUCGAUGAAGUUAGGGCUUCAGCUGAGGCACAAAAACGAGCAUUAGGGAGCCUAUGAACUGAACAGAACAGCAGAACACUGCCACCUUCUGAUGCCGGGGACCAAAAACUGCUGGAGAUUCGACCAGAGUCUUUGGAAAGAGUCAAAACUGCCGAGAACGAUACUUCUGUCAUCGAUCUGCAACACCUUCACCUGCCUCUAGUCACUGCCGUGUUUGUGAUGCUUUUUACUAAGCUCGUCCUGAGUGAGCGUGAAAGGAAAAAAGCCUCUGCCUGUGUGUGGAUGAUGGUGGAUCUGACCUCAGUGUUUCCUCUGCAGAGCGUCUGAACAUUACCACGGGCGUUAGUCACUCAGCACGCCAGCAAAAUGGCACUGCUGUUCGUACAGGGGAGAACCUGCCUGUGUCAGGGAAGACUGCUGUGAUAUUUUUUUCUGUUAAAACAUUGGCUUUAAUUCCACACGGUCAAUUUUUAGUGACAUUAACAGCUGUAAGUGAUUAAUCAUCACUUUUAGUGUUACAAAAUGUUUUAGAAAUGUUUUAGACUGCAUCCAAGUGUCCAAAAAUCCAUCCAGUCAACAACAUGACUGUGACCAUCACACUAGAGGGAAAGGAUCACACACACACAUACACACACACACACACACACACACACACACACACACACACACACACACA